AGAAGAAGUCUAAGGACUUGUCGUUGGUAUUUUUGUUCUGAUUUCCUUUUUUCUUUUUUUAUUUUAUUUUCUUCAGGAGGAGCUGAGAAGAAUGUUGUCAUUGAGAUGCCAAAGGAUGCAUUCCAAGAACGUCACAAUCAGUUUAUUGAUGCGAUUUUUGCUCGUAUCAAUCGCAUUGUAUCAGAUUCAUAUGAUCCUUUCAAAGUCCGUUUAGCAUCGCUGCCAAUGCAACCAGCAAAGCCACAAAAGUCAAACACACCCAGCAAAUCAACAAAGACAAGUACAAAGAGCAAAACGAAGAAAGUAUCUAGUGGCACAAAGGCUCGUUCAAUGGAUACCGAAGCAGCCAAUUCCACUACAGUCAUCAAAUCUGACAUGACCAGCAACGUUGAAGAAGUGGAACCAGCAUCAGCAUCCUCAGCCACAUCGGUAAUUGCUUCUUCUUCGGUCACAGAUGUCAAGCAAAAGCAACAACAAAAGCAGAAACAGAAAAAACAAAAACCUCAAACUGUCAGCACUGAAUCAGUUGAGAAACGAACAGUUCCGUCGUUGUCCUCCUCCUCCUCUCCUUCCAAAAAUAAGAAAACAACUCAACCUCUUCGGUCCAAUACAAACAAGCAGACAACAAAGCAACAAAAGCCCAAGCAAACUUCCUCCAAUUUGUCAGCUUCACCAUCAGCAUCGGCAGCUUCACCGUCGUCGGUCUCUGCCAAACCAGCUAAAUCAGCUCCAGCUUCAACUUCUAUGGAAAAACUACGCGGUGCCGAAGGUAGCCUCUCUGGAUUGGCAUCCUUGCGUCGUGUUGGCAAUGCCAAAGUGGUCACCGAUCCGGAAGGCAGAAAUUCGACAAUUAAAAGCAAAUUCACACUGGGUCCGCUGACACUCAAAGUGGAAAAGUCAUUCAAGCGCGGCAAUGUGCGCAACGUGAAGACAGCCACUGCCCGCACCAACGAGAUGAUCGGCCGAAUUAAGUUCAGUGUGGUGAAUGACCAAGCCACCCUAGUCUCCAUUAAGGUUCAACAGCCUAAACAGGUCGAAAUCGAAAGCAAGGAUAAUCAUGACCGUACCCGGGAAAUGGUCUGGCGGCGUACUCCCAAAAUUGCCCGUCUGGUAUCGGAAAAACUGAGAUUGGCAGCUGAAUCAUUGUUUCAGCCUCGAGCAGGAGUUGAAGUUGUUCGAUUGUAAAUUUAAUUAUUAAUUUGUUUCGUUUAGGAAGAAAUUUUGUAUCUUUAAGAUUAACUAUUUAUUUAUUUAUCUAUUUAUUAAAUUUAAAUUAUGGAUGUUGGUUCUUUUGAAGUUUGUUCGAAGAAACGACGAAUGUCCUUAAUGGGGGGUUGAUGUAUAAGGAAUCUUUUUAAAUUAAAAAUAAAAAUAAACAAAAUUAAA